UAAGGUCAUCACCAUGGUGACCUUCGCUGAGACAACACAGGUCUCCCGUAUGGAGCUGCGUGAGCCGCCCUGCAUGACGGCGUCCCUUUCCCCAGGGCUGCGGCGAAAAAAGAUGCUGUGGCAGAAUGCUGUAAAACACAUCAUUACCCAGCAGGAGCUCAGCGCCAAGGUGGGUGUUGAGCCAGCAAGUAAAAUCUUUGUGACAGAUACCUACAUGGAGGAAAUCAACAGACAAAUACGCAACAAGGGCUUACGUGGAGUCCAGAAACGCCGCUCCUCAACGUUCAGAGUGCACCCUUCUCAGUCCCGUGGAUCUACCUGCACACAGGCCAGUGUCAGGGGUUCUUUUAAUGACUACGCCAGCGAUGCCGACUUCUUUGUGCACUGGGGCCACACAAUUCGUGGGGUCUACAUACCUACCCUGAGGCACACCUUCAAGUCUCGUGACCUGGAGAAACUCUACCAGCAACACUACUCCCACCAAAGACGCAACUCACUUGCCAUCACCAAUGUAAUCGAUGCAGUGGCCAAGCUACACGUAUUGGUUCUGUACCUGGCACUGGCCCCUGAGGCGGUCACAGACACUCUCCGUUGCUGCCUCACAGCCAUUUUCAUGGUGUUGGCUAUAGCACUGUGCACCUUGGUGUUAACCUGCAAAAACUCUAUGUCCCCACGGUGGCUUCAGUGCGCUGGCCUAGCCAGCUGGCUGUCGCAGACCACACAGGUGUUGGGAGGACUGGUGUAUGGGCUGGAAAAAGACCCAUCGUGGUAUGUUUUAUUCACGUUGUUUGCCACAUACACACUGCUGCCAUUACCGUUGCUGUGGGCCAUCUGCGCCGGCUCCAUCACCUCAGUACUGCACCUUCUGGUGGAGAUAGUACACCACUACAAUGAUGCCAUGCUUUUGAGAAAGGUGUUUGCCAAAGCCCUACUAUACCUGGGUAUGAACACAGCUGGUUUGUUCAUCCACUACCUGACAGAUCACACCCAGAGACAGGUUUUCCUGGAGACACGGCGCUGCAUUGCGGGUCGCCUCAAGCUAGAGCAAGAGAACCAAAGACAGGAGCGUCUGGUGCUGUCAAUCCUGCCUCGCUUUGUUUCUUUAGAGAUGAUCGCUGACAUGAGCUCUUUGGAAGAUGAACUCAGUCCUCAUGAGUUUCACAAGAUCUAUAUUCACCAGUACAAAGAUGUCAGCAUCCUUUUUGCAGACAUCAAGGGCUUCACUCUGUUGUCCAUGAACCUGUCAGCACAGGACCUGGUCAGAACCCUCAACGAACUCUUUGGACGCUUUGACCGACUGGCAGAAGAGCACCACUGCCUAAGGAUAAAGAUAUUGGGCGAUUGUUACUACUGUGUGUCAGGUGUCCCUGAGCCACAGCGCGCCCAUGCACGUCAUUGUGUUGAGAUGGGCCUGGCUAUGAUCAACACCAUACGGUAUGUGCGGAAGGAGCUGAACUUCAACAUGGAUAUGAGGAUCGGGAUCCACUCAGGCUCUGUCCUGUGUGGGGUGUUGGGUCUGCAGAAAUGGCAGUUUGAUGUCUGGUCCUGGGAUGUGGGUAUUGCCAACAUGUUGGAGGCUGGGGGCAUUCCAGGGCGCAUCCACAUCUCGAGGGCGACUCUGGACUGUCUACAGGGAACCUACAAAACAGAAGACGGUCACGGCCGUGACAGGAACGAGUUUCUGCUCAAACACAAUAUCGACACUUUCCUCAUCUGCCCUCAGGAGGGAAAUAACAAAUUUGAGCAUAUCGAGCCUCCCAAAGUCCUGAAAACGAAUCGAACCUGGACCCCAGAGACGCCCUUCGGGAACGCCAUUAACAUGAACAGUAUCCUGGCCUCUUUUACAAAUGGCUCACUGCCUAACAUUUGGCACUCUACCUCCAGAGAGAUCAACAAACGCAUCAAACAUGCUAUUGAGGUUCGAAGCAGUGAGCGUAUGCACAGGGAGCACAUCACUCCGCUGACCCUGGUGUUCAAAGACACACACAUUGAGGACAAGUUCUCCCAGAUGAGAGAUGAAAUGUUCACCUCCAACCUAGUGUGCUCCUUCAUCAUGCUCCUCUUCCUCAUGGCUGUCCAGAUACUCAUUCCUGCACCCAGGCUUCUCCCGGCCUUCCUGCAGUUCUCGGUCUUCCUGCUCGCCUACGUGCUGUUGCUGUUGUUGGCCCUGGCUGAAGAGUUCAAGUCGGCUCCUGCAUCUCUUCAGCAGUUCUGCUGCUGGAUCCAUGAAAACAACAGUGCGCGCAACCUCCUCACCCUCACCGCCAUCAUCAUCAACUUUGGUUUGGUCUCUAUUGACAUGGUAUGGUGCAUUCUCACAGACACAGGAGAUGCUGAUGUAAUGGACAAAAUCAACACAGCUUCGCGUCCACUCACUGUCUGUACUUACCCCGAGGUGUUUGUAUUGAGCGGCGUGAUCGCCAUGGUGACCUGUGCCGUCUUCCUGCGUCUAAACUCUCUGCUGAAGUUGGCGGUGUUGCUGCUGGCCGUGGCUGUCUACUCCUACCUCAUCCACCUGGCCUUCCUCACACUCACACGCCACGAUAUGAUGCACAGGUCUCACUACGUCAGGAGAAAAGGAAUUUCCAUCCUUCUCAUGCUCAUGUUUAUUGUUGCUGUCUUCUACAAUGGACGGCAGUGGGAGGCAACAGCCAGGUUGGACUUCCUGUGGCGUCUGCAGGCCCAGCAGGAAGUGGAGGACAUGAGGGAGUUGCGGGAACACAACGAGUGUCUAUUGCACAACAUCCUUCCUGUGCACGUGGCACGACAUUUUCUGGACCGGAGCAACAACGAUGAGGAGCUUUACUCCCAGUCCUACGAUGAGGUCGGUGUCAUGUUUGCCUCCAUCGCUGGCUUCAAUGAGUACUUUGAGGAGAAAGAGAUCAAACAUGAAGGAGUGGACUGCCUCCGACUUCUGAAUGAAAUCAUUGCUGGCUUUGAUGAGCUGUUGGAGGAGUCGUACUUCCACUAUGUGGAGAAGAUUAAGACGAUCGGGAGCUGCUACAUGGCUGCCUCUGGCUUAGCUCCAGAGGGACAGGUGUCUAUGAAUGAAUGGAAUCACCUGAGUGAGCUGGUAUUGUUUGCACUGGCAAUGCAAGAGACCUUGAAAGAGAUUAACAGGCAAACUGGCAAAAAUUUUAAGCUGCGUGUGGGCAUCGCCCAUGGGCCGGUGGUAGCAGGUGUGAUCGGUGCCACCAAGCCGCAGUAUGACAUCUGGGGGUCGACAGUAAACCUGGCCAGCCGCAUGGACAGCACAGGUGUGAGCGGACGCAUCCAGAUACCUGAGACCACACGCAGGGUCCUGGCAGAGUGGGGGUUUGUCUUGGAGCUACGUGGAGAAAUCUUUGUCAAGGGGGUGAGCGAGCGUCAGGGGAAAGUACGCACCUAUUUCAUCAGCACCAUGCGCACCAAGAGGGCCAACGCAGGAACAGAUGGCCAAUUCGAGGAGCGGAGAGGAGGACGCAUGACACUAGCAGGAGUGGUGUUUGGUCUCGUCCAGGCCAGAAACAAGGAAAAGAUGAGAGAGACCAAUGGGGGGUUCAGUCUGAGUCCCUGCAAACCUUAAUGCUGUUAAGGUCAGAUGACUGCAGGUAGAGGGGCACAAACAGCAGCCAUGUUUACCAUAACUCAGUUAGCUGCACAAAAGGAGAAGAGGCUGUAACGGGUAGUCAUCUAAUUAUUAAGUAUUAAAGGAUGUACUAUGUACUGAUGGGAAUUCAUUCAUGUGUAGCUAUCACACAGAAUGAUGUGUUACAAAACUGUCCUACUGUCCUCUUUUAGUCUGUAUCUUGAGAGCACUGCUUUCUGUUUUUUUUUUUAAUUGCCAUAAAUAAUCACACGUCUCUUUUUUUCUGGCUGGGAUAUUUCUCCAGCAAAUCCUCAGACCUCUAAGCCAAAACUGCAAAACAGCAGAAUACCUCAAAACAACCAGCUCAACCUCUCAUAGACUACCAAUGGCCUAUACAAUACGUAGUGGUGGUUUUUUUCUUCAUCUUGCAUCAUUCUUGCAGUUUGUGUCAUUACAUUUUUUUGUAUUUGUAAGUUGGUCAACAUAAUCCAGCAAACAGAAGUCUUUUUUAUUUAUGGAUCAACUGCUGCUUGGUUUCAUAUUGUACAUUAUUUUUCUGUAAAUACCUUUAUGUGUAGCUCUCGUGUGUCUGCUGUCAGUGAAUCUCUGAAAAAUCACACUUCAGCUUCACUUCAAUACUCUCAUUACUCUCACAUCUGUUACUUAACUGUGGUUAUAUUUGCAGCGUAACAGAGAAACUCAACAAAGGUGUCUGUUUUAUGUCAAAACCACCUCCCAUGUCGCUCCUCUUCUUGUAUACUGAAACCAAAUGACACAGAAGGUUGUUUUCAUGUAAUAAUCAUAUAAAGACACUAAAGUGUUUAUAUGAUAUUUAUAUUGUAGGCCUGAUACAUGUUGUUACUGUAAAU